AGGGUCGGCGCCGCGGCGGGCUCCGGCGGUCGGCGGGCUUCCGCGCAGGGCGGCCGGGCUCCGCGCUGCCGCCGCCGUGGCCCAUGGGCAAAAUCGUCUCGGAAGGCCGGCAUUAAACCAAAAAGAUGUCCCUAUAUGAUGACCUGGGAGUGGAGACCAGUGACUCAAAAACCGAAGGCUGGUCCAAAAACUUCAAGCUUCUGCAGUCCCAGCUUCAGGUGAAGAAGGCAGCGCUCACUCAAGCGAAGAGCCAACGGACAAAACAAAGUACAGUCCUUGCCCCAGUCAUCGACCUAAAGCGAGGAGGCUCCUCAGACGACCGGCAGAUCGUAGACACGCCCCCUCAUGUAGCAGCUGGGCUGAAGGACCCUGUCCCCAGUGGGUUUUCUGCAGGGGAGGUUCUGAUCCCCUUAGCUGAUGAAUAUGACCCUAUGUUUCCUAAUGAUUAUGAGAAAGUAGUAAAGCGCCAGAGAGAAGAGCGACAGAGGCAGCGGGAGCUGGAAAGACAGAAGGAAAUAGAAGAAAGAGAAAAGAGGCGUAAAGACAGGCAUGAAGCCAGCGGGUUUUCAAGACGACCAGACCCAGAUUCUGAUGAAGAUGAAGAUUAUGAGCGAGAAAGGAGGAAAAGAAGUAUGGGAGGAGCCGCCAUCGCCCCGCCUACUUCUCUUGUAGAGAAAGACAAGGAGUUACCCCGAGAUUUUCCUUAUGAAGAGGACUCAAGACCUCGAUCUCAGUCUUCCAAAGCUGCUAUUCCUCCCCCAGUGUAUGAGGAGCCGGAUAGACCAAGAUCUCCAACUGGACCCAGCAACUCCUUCCUUGCUAACAUGGGUGGCACAGUGGCUCAUAAGAUCAUGCAGAAGUAUGGCUUCCGGGAAGGCCAGGGGCUGGGCAAACAUGAGCAAGGGCUGAGUACUGCAUUGUCAGUGGAGAAGACCAGCAAGCGGGGCGGCAAGAUCAUUGUGGGUGAAGCGACGGAGAAGGGCGAGUCUCAGGAUGCAUCCAAGAAGUCGGAUUCAAAUCCAUUAACUGAAAUACUUAAGUGCCCUACUAAAGUGGUCCUGCUGAGGAACAUGGUUGGUGCAGGAGAGGUCGAUGAAGACUUGGAAGUUGAAACCAAGGAAGAAUGUGAAAAAUACGGCAAAGUUGGGAAAUGUGUGAUAUUUGAGAUUCCUGGUGCCCCUGAUGAUGAAGCAGUACGGAUAUUUUUGGAAUUUGAGAGAGUUGAAUCAGCAAUUAAAGCUGUUGUUGAUCUGAAUGGGAGGUAUUUUGGUGGACGGGUGGUUAAAGCAUGUUUCUACAAUUUGGAUAAAUUCCGAGUCUUGGAUCUCGCAGAACAAGUUUGACUGUCACCUAAAGUCACUUCCAUGAUCUUUAUAUGAGCUGCAGACUGAGCAAUGACACUGGCAUCAGCCUCCAUGGCUGUUGGACACAGACUCUUGGACGGACUUCUGAGAUAUAUGUUGAUGGAUCCCUUUUUUAUUUUGUGGUUUUUUUAAAAUAGUAUAAAAAUCCUUCAAAAAAAAAAAAAAAAAAAAAAA